AUGCAAUUAAUUAAUUAAAAUAAAUAUUUUUAUUCAAUAAUAAUUUUUGGUAUUUCAAUUACUAUUCAUUCUUCUUCAUGAAUUGGUGCUUGGAUAGGAAUGGAAGUUAAUUCAUUAUCAUUUAUUCCUUCAAUUAUAAAUGGUAAUAAUAAAUUAUUUAAAUUUCCUAAUUCCUCAAUAAUAUAUCAUAUUAUUCAAGUUGGAGCUUCUUCCCUUUUAUUUAUACGAAUUUUAAUAAUAAAAAUAAAUUCGAUUUCCAUAAAUAUCAAUAUUUUUAUACUUUUAUUACAAAUUAGAUUAAUUUUAAAAUUAGCUAUUAAUAAUAGAUUAAUUAUUCAUAUAUCAAUAAUUUUAUCUGGAUUUAUAGGUUCAUUAUUAGGAUUAAAUGAAACAUCAUUAAAAUUGAUUAUAGUUAAUUCUACUAUUAAUCAUAUUUCUUGAAUGUUUAUAUCAAUAUUAAUUGAUUUCUAUAUUUUAUUAAUUUAUUUAUUAAUUUAU